AGUUUCGACGUCGCCGGGCGGUCUUAAAGGUACGGGAAACCGCGAUUGUACCGGACAAAAUCAUGAUUUUACAACCUUGCAACGUCGAACUGACCAAAGUGCACUACUACGAUACAAGCAAGCGCAAUCAAAACGUAUCGAUAUCGACGAUAUCCAGGGAGAUCGCUCAGAAUGGUUUCAACCGAAACGUCCUGAUCAAAAAGAAUAUCUUCGGCCAUCGCUGGGUGCUGCGCAUCAACGAACUAGACGACAGACUAAAGAAAAAACCGCCCGGAAGGAAACGCACUUUAUACGUAGUGGUUUUCUGCUUUAUCGUGGUCGCCAUUUCGUCCGGGAUAUUUUUCUCGUUGGACCGGUACAUAUUUAAAGGAAACGAUGACGUCAUCGCCUCGACGCCUAAAACCGUGUCGCUUGCUAAUUUCACGGUAAAAAUAAUCACCUCUCCUUCUUCGUCAAACUCAAGCGACAUAGAUUUAAGAAGUAACGUACCCGACCAGACUCGAAACGCAACGGCAGAGUUUUGCGUCGAUUGCGAUCUCGCCGAGGAGGUGUGCAUUAAAACGGCCGAACUGGAGCAGCCCAAAUGCGUCCGAAAACGCGACAAAAAAGAUCCGACCGGUUGCGGAGGCCUGUGCCGAAUCGAAGUCGAGUAUUGCAAGAGAUUGGACAAGCGCAGCCCGGUGCACCAAUGCUUGAGGCUCCAACACCUGCUGAAAUGUCCCGCGAACAUGUUCAACUGCGGCAACAUGUGCGUCUCUAUCGAUAAGAGGUGCGACGGCAAGGUGGAUUGUUCGAAUAAGUCGGACGAAAAAGAUUGCGCUUGCGAUUUAGAAACGCAUUUUCAGUGCGGAAAUUUGACAUCGUGCGUUGAUAUUAAUAAAAGGUGCGACGGCGUAGUCGACUGCUGGGACAAGACCGACGAAAUUGGCUGCGACAAAGCAGUCAGGUGCGACGACGGUCACAUACCGUGCUUAAACGGUGAAUGCAUCCCGAAGGAAAAGUUCUGCGACAAAAGAAUCGACUGCCGAGAUAAAUCCGAUGAACCCAAGUGGUGCCAAUAGAAAUAAAAUAAUUUUUGAUAAAACGAUCGUCUUAUUAAAAAGUCAUAACAAAAACCAUACGUGACAAUAUAGUCACAGAUCUGAGC